AUGUACGAGUACGCGGAGACCUUCUGCAACGGAUCCAAACGUGGUUCUGUUCAUUCGAACGCCGACAUCAAUGCAUUUGGCCAUCGAGGCAAAGCUUUUUCGAUGAUGUUUUCAAAUGUAAUAAUAAAUAAUACGCACGUAAUCCGCCCCAGGGUGAUGUGCCGUUGUCAGAUCACUCGCUUCGCAGUCUUCAACGCAGCGGAGCGUCGUGAUUACCUGCAAAUAAAGCUGCUGGCAGCAAACAGGGUGGCGGAACAGAACUUAAACGGGGAAUACCCGAGGCGGCGGAAGGCGACUCAGACGAGGCAAUCGGUCGCACUUCCGCCUGAUCACGGCGCCUUUGUCGACGGCCCGCGCUCUAAUACUCAUACUGGCAAGCCUGGAUUAGAU